AUGCCGACCCUGCUCUCCGCGAGGUCCCGCGGCAACAACCGCGGCGGCGAGGCGGCCGACGCCGACGGUGGGGCUGGUGGAAACCGCGCGUGCUAUGGAAUCGCGGCGUGCUCGAUGGCGCUGCUCCUGUUCUGCGCCCUGGCCGUCUCCGUCAGCCUCUGGAUGGCGUUCACGUUCGGCGGACUCGCCCUGGUCGCCUUCGGCGCCGCCGGCUGCCUCGCACGGGGGCCCAACCGCAGCAGCAACGGCGUGAGCGCCCAGAGAGAGGCAGCAGCAGCAGCAGGAGCCGCACCGAGGACGCAACGCAGGUUCGGGCUGCCCAAGGCCGCGAUCAAUGCGCUGCCGACGUUCGCCUACGAGCUUAUCCUUAUUAGAGGCGCCGACGGCGCCGAGGGCGAGGGCGGCGACCUCGAGUCCGGAACGGAAGCGGCAGGCGGCGAGCCGUGCUCGGUGUGCCUCGAGGACGUCCAGGCCGGCGAGAUGGUGCGGCAGCUGCCGGCGUGCAAGCACCUGUUCCACGUCGGGUGCAUCGACAUGUGGCUGCACUCGCACCGGACGUGCCCAGUGUGCCGGUGCAACCUCUUGCCACCGCCGAGGAAAGUCGCUGCCAAAGCGGCGCCCGCGCCCACAGCUGAGGCUGCGGAACCGCCGGCUGACGAAGCCCUGCCACCAGUGUAG